AUGUCUCCAGCUCACCACCUCCGCCUCGCUGUUGCGGUGCUCCUCGCUGCCGCCCUCCUGCUCUCCGCCGCCGUGCCGGCCGCCAGAGCGCAGGAAGAAACUAAGCAUGAGGAGUUCAGCUACAUCCCCAGCGACGAGCACGGGCCGGAGCACUGGGGCCACAUCAAGAAGGAGUGGGCGGCGUGCGGCACGGGGCGAAUGGAGUCCCCGAUCGACCUCUCCCACGAGCGCGUCUCGCUGGCGCGCUCCCUCGGCUACCUCAGCCACUCCUACCGUCCCGCGGAGGCCUCCAUCGUCAACCGCGGCCACGACAUCAUAGUGAGGUUCGAGGGCGACGCUGGGAGCCUUGUGAUCAACGGCACGGUGUACCACCUGAAGCAGCUGCACUGGCACUCGCCCGCCGAGCACACCGUCGACGGCUGCAGGUACGACAUGGAGCUGCACCUGGUGCACGAGAGCGCCGAGAACAAGGCAGCGGUGAUCGCCAUCCUCUACGAGGUCGGCCGCCACGACGACGCGUUCCUCCACCACCUGGAGCCCUUCAUCAGGCGGAUCGCCGGCGUGCGAGACCGGGAGGAGCGCGUCGGCGUGGUGGACCCCCGGCGCGCGCGCGGCAGGGCCAGCGUCUACUACCGCUACAUGGGCUCCCUCACCACGCCGCCCAGCACCGAGGGGGUCAUCUCGACCAUCGUCAAGAGGGUUCGCACCGUAUCCAAAUACCAGCUGGAGCUUCUGAGGGAAGCCGUGCACGACGACAACGCGAGGCCGCUUCUGGAGGCGAACAACAGAGACAUCAGCAUCUUCCGUCCUAAGCCCGAUAAUAGGGCCCGUUUCAAGCCUCAUAUUAGUGAUGUGUACAUAUGGGCUUGA